AAGUAACAAGAUCACGUAUAAAUACAGGAAUAAAUAAUUUACACACUUUUCACUGCUCCCUGGAAUCCUUCAACCACGUAUCAAUGUCUACCAAAGAAUUCCAUCGAACUGCAUUGUGCUUGUAUCGAAUGGCUGUUCUCGUUUCAGCAAAAACUUUCACCUAUGCAAACAACGACACACGCAAUCCAAACGAGAACUCCUGAUAUCAGCAUUCUUCUGUAUAAAGCGUGCCGCGCGUGGACGUUACUUUUUACGUGGUAGCUUAGAUUUUUAUCGGAUUCGUCGAAGGGAGAAAAACUUCAAAUAUCAUUCCCGCGUGGUGUCAGGAGAAGGGGGGGCACAGAUGUAGCAGUGAUACCAGGGCUAAUCACGGCAAUAUUGAUUUUUCUGUCGAUCCGUUACAACACCGUAAUCCAGCGCAGUGGUAAAAGUGGGGACUCACUCUCACUGUUCGCCAAGCAGAGGACCUCGGCUCUCUCGUCGUUUUUAAAACGCUCGAGACCGCGAGUUCGCGUCCCCAGCUCGCGUAACCCAGCUGAACAGAAAUCGAUAGGUGAAAGAAAGGACGUUUCGACUUCCUCAGGGCUCCAUCGCGUCCAAGAUGACGAGCCAGAUCGAGACUUUGGAGAAUUCCUUCAGGAACCUCACCUGCGACCACCAUUAUAUCCCCUCUGCGAUCGAGAGCAUAGAAAAAUUAGGCGCUUUUAGCGUGGGUUUAUUGAGUUCAGGAGCGAUCAUCUCGACUCUGACUUUAUACUUCGCCAUGGACGCUUGCCACAAUAUCUUGUACCAAAAAGAAUCAAAGUUUUACAAGAUCAACGUCAUAAUGAUCUUCGCGGUCUAUCCAGUCGCCAGCGUUUGCAGCCUCACAGCCAUAGGGAUACCAAGGGCCCAGUUGCUGUCCGAGGCGAUCAUCCAAAUCUACCUAACGAUAUCCCUCUAUCGACUUUAUCUGCUGCUCAUCCACAUCGGCUUCAAAAGGGUCACGAAACCGCCGCCAUUAAUGCUGAAAGUCAGCCCCUGUUGCUGCUGGCCCUGUCUGUCCUUUCCAAAUCUUAAAAUGACCGACGCCAGUUUGUCCUCGCUUAGGCUGGCAGUCCUGCAACUUCCCAUUAUCCAGAGCUUGGUAUGCUGCACGUUUCUGUUUAUAUCCAUCUGGGAUCCCAGCGUCCUGAGGCAGUGGGGUUUGUACCUUCAAGUCGCUUCAGUGGUUAGUAUACUUCUCGGAAUAUACGGACUGACCAUUACGGUGAAGAGUCUGCAGGAAGUCGCUCCAGAGGACAAACUCCAUCUCAAGACCACGGUAACUCAGAUGGUGUUGCUAUUCUCGAAGCUGCAGGCGUUCCUUGUGAAGAGUCUGCCGCAGACGGGCCUGUUUCCGUGCAAUCCACCAAUUACGCCGCAAGUCUACGCGAACAUUACCUACGAUGCCCUGAUGAUAAUCGAGAUGCUGCUGCUCUGCUACGCGGCGAGGUACGUUUAUUACGUGGACCUGAAAAGGGAGGAGAACACGUCGGUCGAGGCGACAGAUCGCCCCAAAGACAAGACCACGGAACAACAAGCGAACUCGACGAAUAACAACGAGGAGACCAGCAGGCAACCGUCGUCCCUGACCGCGCUGGAUUUCGCCUCAAAGUUCGGCGUCGUUCCGAAUAUCCAAUUAACCGCUGUCACCGAGAAUUAACCCGGUCAUACGCGUUGGACCAUGAGAGACUAUGUCGUGCGUGCGUCGAGAGAUCCUCAAAUUUCGAUCCGAGUGGAACCUGUCGCAAGGGAAUCUCGAGUACCGAAAACAAUUAGUUGACAAACUGUUUUGCUCUCGCAAGCGGCUGACCAUUUGGCAAUAUCGAUGGCUUUAAUCGGUGUAAGCUUCCUGGUGCUGUAAUGUAGUAAUUACCUGUCGAGUAAUCGUAGACCUCUGAUUUUAAAUUUAAACAAAUCAAGUACGAACUACAGCUCAGUGUUACGUAAAAGCCCGCGUUAAAUAAAUGGUGAUAGCCAACGUAUUAAUGGCGUCACGUGUGAGGCAAGACUCAUGGACGAAAUAUCGUUAUCGAUAAACUAGAAAAUUAGUGUUCGAGUAUGUUGGAAUGAAUGUUACAUGUACAGAGUCCUCGACGGCUUGUUAACUUAAAUUGCUUAGAAAAGUACUGAUUAGAGAAUAACGGAAGACUUCGUUACCUAAAUAUGAACUACUAAAUAUAUGUUUUGCUGGCGAAACUUACAACGGAAUUGUUACUGCAAAGUAAACGAUAUCCACGUGCUAUUUGUUAAACACUUGCCAGACAGUAAGAACAGAUUACAUUCGCUGUUUUGUUCAAAGUGUCUAGAUUCUAAGUUGAAAUAAUCUAAUUUUAUACGAUUCGAUGAAUGUGACUUAAUAUUUUGUCUAAAUUAAAAAGUGAUCACGUUCGAGUAGCUAGUAUCAUGAUUCGAAAUAUACCUGUUGCUCCAUUGAUACUCGAAUGAAAUGUUCAUCUUUGCGGUUGAAGAUGUCAUCGCCAACUUCUCAAUCGUUGACGAAGAAGGCCCUACCGCAGUCUCGUCGCAUCCAUCGAAGUCACUCGCGUCGAAACAGAAAACGGGAACCAUCGUUGGAACUACGGGAACAACCAUACGUUGCAUCCUCAUUGGGUUCAGCAGCCGUCACUACGCAUUAUCGCGUCGCAUGGUUGGCUGACGAAUCACGUAGGAUGCUCGACCAAAUGACUGUGCAGCCUCUGCGUGCUCUUAGGAAACGGAAAGGAGCAUGGAUAGACACUCGAGUACUUCGAGAAGAGCGAAGAGGCUCUUCGACGCCACGCUCUCGAAGAAGAUCGUUAAGCAAAAGUGUGUCCUGGAUCCUUGGGUAGCGAGGAAACGCUUCGUGAUGCACAAUUAUCGUCUGUAAUCCCCUUAAGAUAAUAGACCGGAGAAUGAAGUACUCGUGUCUCGUCGAGGUGCGUAGGAACCUAGCGAACCGUUGUUGGAAACUUGUGACAGGUGCAUUUUCUUUUUCUAGAUAUAUUCCAGAGAACACCGUGUAGAGGAACAGCUGGAGUACGGAUGCUUUCGUAUUUAUUAAUCAUAAAGAAUCGAAGCUUGAACUUAAACAGUGGGAACAACAUUGAACUCGAAAUCUCCCGUGUCUUUCUUCCGAAUUCUCGCAAAGGACAGGAAGAGCAAACACGGCCUUUUGUAAGGAUAGUAAACACGCCAAGUCCCGCUCAGAUACGUUUCCCGCGGUCCUGUUUAUAAAUAAUUUAUCACGUGUAUCGCGAUGCGACCGAUGAAAGAUGUUGACACACGUGCAGCUGGCUGGAAUUCUUCGUCGGGAUGCAAAGAACGGUAGCCAGGUCGAACACGCUCGCGUUAAGUCAAAAAAUCAACAUUAAAGCGAAGGGUCGUGCACGCCGCGAGUCCUUAAAAAGCCCUUUACGGGGGCCAAUGAAUUUUCUUUGACACAGAUGCCACGCUGCCGACCGUCUAAGCUCCAAUGGCUGAUCGAGGUGCAUGACUUCACCUUUUCAACGCUAGUAAAAGAAGAAACAUGUCACGGUUACGCGGAUUUCAGCCUAAAAGUGGACUGAAGCUUGCGGCGAUCGAACCUUUAGCUAUUCCACGUUGCCCAGGGAUCGACAGAUCCAUGAAAUACCUUUUUAGAUGAUACUGAGAUUUUAUUUUGACAGGGAUUUGAAAAAGAGUCUAUUAUACUUCAAUGUGAAAAUGAUAUUUUUAUUAAAAUUCGUAUACCUCUAGGUGGCUCUACGAGGCAGCCGUUCGAAGAGAUGAUAAGCGCCAGACUGAAAAGGACGAGGAAAGUAAAUUAAUCGAGUAGCUUUCGAGUUUGAAUAAUGCACAACCACCCCGGGUCAGAUCAAAACAGCUCAGAUUCUAGACACAAAAUAAAACAGGACACGGCGGACGUAAGUGGUGAAACAAACUCUGAAAUUUGAAGACUCCUGUCUCUAGCUCGGGAGACGUCUGUAAGCGACGACGUCGGGAAGAAUUAUCGCGGAGGAGCAUCAGGAAGUGUCCCCUUACAUCCAAAGCGGGCACGCCGAUUUUUCUCGUUCCACGUUUCCACCUCCGACGAUCGAUUGUCACCAGGGUGUUCCUUCGCCGAGGGAACCGCGACCCGAGGGAAGGAUAUUAAUAUUCCGAUAACGUGUUCAGACAUAUUAAGCGUCUUUGUUUCGCUGGCUCCGCUCCGGGGUGGAAGAUGAACGUCCCUAAGAUAAGGAACUUCCACGAAGACGCUUCCCUUCUGCUUUAUUAUUCUUGCUCGUUCCACCUAGGUUUACCGUCGUGGACGUCUUCGCCUGACCUUGCAUCUAUUAUCGUAGAACGUGCUCCGUUUCACGAUGCAACGCGCGUAAAGUGAAACGGUCUGCGAUCCACUUAGCAUUCGUGAGUUCAAACUCGCCUUAUUUAUUUCAAGAGGGAUGAAAAUUCAGUCGGUAGCUUUAUUUUCUCACUGACAAAUACGUAGACUACGAGACCAAACUUUGUUUGAGUUUCAUAAAUUAAAAGCUAUUCUUGGAAUCUCCUAUUGAAUCGCGAUUACUCCUAAAAAAUGAUUACGAUUUAUUCGAGCAGAACGAGACACUCGUCCUGCUUGCCUGCCAAUGAUACACUCUUCGUUUCUUCCACGCGACAUCCCCGAUAAUCUCUCCCAAUCCUCUUACAAGCUUUUCGCGAAGUUCCCCGA